AUGUCGAACCCAUGGAAAGUAUCAGCACCAGCAGCUGAUAUGCAAAACUUAUCAGAAAUCAUGUCUGAAGAAUAUGCCAAAGGCUUGCAAGUGAAGGAAGAACUAAGGUUUGCAGAGCAGAUAUCUGACUUCCACAUUACAAAUUCGGAUUCUAAUGAAGUGUCAUCUUUAACUUUAAAGCAAAUCGACGAGUCAACUUUAGGAGAAUACUGCGAUUCUGAUGCGAUUAUAGCCAAGGUUUUACAGUGUCAGUUUGAUAAAGAAUACGAUGAAGAACUCAAGCGAGUCGAAAAGAAACGAAACGGAGAAUCAAAGGUCUCUGUAUCGUAUGAUAAUUACAGAAUGGUUCCUGAACAUUUGGUUUAUGAUUCGGAAUCUGAUGAGGAAAUUGUAGAAAAAAAGGAUUGGGACAGAUUCGAGACCAAUGAAAAAGAAUUUGCAAGCAUACCAAAAAGAGGUUUCAUUAUGAAAGAUGGUGAAAUGGUUACUAAACAUGACAGUGUUAUAAAUGGCCGUAGAAAUGCUUGUAAAGUGAUGGCAUUUCCACCUGAAGUGUGCACUGGAGAUGGUGCAGGAUUUGAUAUGAAACUUCCCAACCAUGUGUUUAAUCAAUUGAAAGAACAUACCAGAUGGAACACUGCCCGUAAACAUAAGAUGUUAGAUAGGAAAGAGAGUCAAGCCACUGCUGAAAUGGGCCUGGAUGAACCUACAAGACUUAUUCUGUUCAAACUUAUCAAUAAUGGUCUCUUGGAGGACAUAAAUGGGGUUAUUUCUACUGGUAAAGAAUCUGUUGUUCUUCAUGCUAAUGGUGAUCAAUCCUACCCAGACCUGGUAAUUCCCAAGGAGUGUGCCAUAAAAGUCUUUAAAACAACUCUGAAUGAAUUUAAAACUAGAGACAAGUACAUUGAGGCGGAUUAUAGAUUCAAGGAUAGAUUUUCAAAGCAGAACCCUCGAAAAAUUGUCCACAUGUGGGCUGAAAAAGAAAUGCAUAAUAUGAUGAGAAUGCAAAAAGUUGGACUGAACUGUCCUGACAUGAUUUGUUUGAAGAAGCAUGUUCUUGUCAUGUCUUUUAUUGGAAAAGAGAACAAACCAGCUCCAAAAUUAAGAGACAUUGUUCUAAAAGCAGAGCAAUGGGAAAGUGUAUACAAUGAGAUUGUAGAGGCAAUGUAUAAACUUUUUAAUGUUGGCCACUUAGUACAUGCUGAUUUAUCUGAAUAUAAUAUUCUGUGGUGGGAGAAUAAAUGUUGGUUCAUUGAUGUCUCACAGUCCGUCCAGCCAGAUCACCCCAGUGGGUUGGAGUUCCUAUUGAGGGACUGUAAAAAUAUUAUUAAUUUCUUUGAAAAGAAGGGAGUGCAGAACAUAAAAACAGCUGACGAACUAUUCAAGCACAUAACUGGGUUUGAGGAGGUGGAUGUCAAUUUGCUAGAAGGAGUUCAUACCACAUACAACUCCUUGUCAUCUCGCUUUGAAAUUGCUUUAGAUGAUAAUCGAAAUGUGAGUUACCCAUUUGAAUACUGUUGGCAAAAGUCAAAUGCUGAAAAACCUAAUGCAAAUGAAAAAGAAUCUGAAAACAAUGAUGAAUUUGAUGAAAUGUGGAUACAUUCUCAAAAGAAUAAAGCUAUUGAUACAGCAACCAAUUUUGGAAAUGAAUUGGAGGUCAGUGAAAGGGAGCCCAUUGACAACAAAGCCAUCUUUGGAGAUAUAAAAGUUACUAUGGAUUUGGAUAUAAGUAAUAGUAGUAUUGAUAAAAAGUCUUAA